GAUGCAACCUCUCGCGAUAGAUAUAAACGGUAGGGAAAGGAAAAAAUAAAGCCAACGGGAGAGACACUUGCCGCGAGGAAUAGAAAGCCGAAUAGAAAAUGUCCAGCACGGAAGAUUUCUACCUGCGUUACUAUGUCGGCCAUAAGGGCAAAUUUGGCCACGAGUUCCUGGAGUUUGAGUUCCGGCCGGACGGUAAGCUGCGGUACGCGAACAAUUCCAACUACAAAAACGACACCAUGAUCCGGAAGGAGGCGUACGUGCACCAGGCCGUGAUGGAGGAGCUGAAGCGCAUCAUACUGGAUUCGGAAAUUAUGGCGGAAGAUGAUUCGCUGUGGCCACCGCCGGAUCGCGUUGGACGACAGGAGCUAGAAAUAGUGAUAGGCGAUGAGCACAUCUCGUUCACCACAUCGAAAACGGGUUCGCUGGUGGACGUGAACCAGUCGAAAGAUCCGGAAGGACUGCGCGGUUUCUACUACCUCGUGCAGGAUCUAAAGUGUCUCGUGUUUUCGCUCAUCGGACUGCACUUUAAGAUCAAACCAAUCUAACGCGAUGCGGUUACAGUAUCAACUCAUAUUCUGUUUACACACACACCAACACACAACCCCAUACCCACGAUAAUGCACCGUGAUUGAUGGAAUAAUAAUAUGGAGAUUUUUCAUUUUAUUAACAAUAUAGAGUAAUAAUAAACCCGACAAAAGGGGA